AAAUUAAUAAGAUAGUAUAGAAUAUUAGUAAACUUGAGAGUUAGUAAAAAAAUAUAUAUAACGUUCGUAGUGUUUAUUUAUUUAAUUUUAUCGAUCAUAAUGAAUUUAUUUCAUUUAUAUAAAAUAUGAAAAAAUUUAGUCCAAAUAAUCAAAUAGAACUUUGUAAACCACCUGUUCCUAAAGCACGUCCACCCCUAAGAAGUAUUAAUGUAAGUGAAGAAAUUAAUUCUUUUAAAAAUUCUAAAAAUUUAUUAGUAAAUAUGUAUAAAACUAAGCAACAAAAUCAAGAAUUUCGUAGUGCUUCUGAUUUUCAAUAUACUGAUGAUGAUGAUGAUGAUGAUGAUGAUGAUAAUGAUGAUAAUGAUGACAAUGAUGAUAAGGUUGAUGAUGAUAUUGAAAAAAAUAAUUAUACAUUUUUAAAUAACUCAAAAGAUAUUAUACCAGAAUGUUUCAAUACUUCACAUAAUUCAACUGCAAAUCAAUCUUUUAAUAUUACUCCACAAAAUUCUCCUUCUACAAUAUAUAGACGAAAUUAUCAUAAAUCAAAUGCAUGUUCUAAUAUCAAUAAAGAUUCUUUUUCUCAUAAAGAACAAAAACAACCUGUAGAAGGGUUUUUUUCAAAUAAUUUCAAAUUGCUUUUGGGUAUUAUUUUAUGUUUUCUACUUCUUUUUGUGCUCUUAAAUAUUCAAACAAAAUCUCAUAAGAAUCCAGAAACAAUUAUUGAAACAAAAAAAGUAAAUUUAACUGAGAUAAAUAAUAUAUUAGAUAAAUCAAUACAAAUAAUUCAAACGCGAUUUCAUAAUCAAAAAUCCAACAUUUGGAAUGAUAUAUCAGCUGGAAUAUAUGAUGUAGUUUUAUUUCCAUUAAAACCUUCAAUUAUUAUUUUGUUUGGAAAUGAAACUAAAACUUUGAAUUGCUUAGCUCAAUCACUUGGACAAUUGAGUGGCAAAAUUUUAGGUAGUAAUGAUUAUUUAAUAUUAACAGCAAAAGAUUUUCCAAAUGAUGUUGGACAAACUAUUCAUAAUUUGAAAAUUCAAAUCAUACAAAAAAAGGCAGUAAUAGUACAAGAUUUAUUAAGCAUAAAUACUGAGGCAUUAAAAGCUUUUCAUAAUUUUUGUGAUAGAGAAAAACCUUUAGUUGAACAUGCUAUAUACAUAAUAACAGUAAUUGUUGAUGGAUAUAAAUCAUCUCAAAUGGAAUUAGAAUUUAUUGAAAAGCAAAUAUUUAGAAGAUUAUCAAAAUAUAUGGAUAAAGAUAUUUUAGAUCCAUUAGUAACUAGACUUACAGAUGGAAUAAUUGUACCAAUACGUUCAGAAUCAAAUAUAAAUUUCAAUUAUGCAGAUUGUUCUAUUUAAAUAAGUAUUUAAUAUAAUUUCCUAACAAGUAUAAUUAAUUACUAUAUUGUAAUAAUAAACUAGUAUAAAAAUAUUUAUAACACAUAUAUAUAGUAUAAAAAUAACAUAUAUAAUUGUAGAAUAUUAUAAAUAAUAUAAAUAUUGUUUAUGUAUUAAAACUGAAGAAAAUAAACAUUUUUGUAUAUUAAUA